AUGCCAUUCUUUCACUCUUUAAAAUCAGGUGGACACAAUCAGCCAUUCCAUCUUGUCUGCAGUAUUGAAAGCAGCACCGAGGAAAGUUCAUUAGGCCUCUUCCUUUCGUUCACUAGUACCGCCCUUCUUACCUAUCUGCUGCCAUGCCUACUCCUCGUUAUCACAAACACCAUAAUUUUCAUUAAACUGGCUCAGUUGCGAGCCAAUCGGCAGCUGCUCUUACGUGCCAGAACAGCUUAUUCCAAGCCCAGUAACUCCAGAAUCAUGAAUUCCUCUUGUCACUCAAAUGUUGAAUCUCCUGGAAUCUUGAGAACAGCUGAGUGUGGCACGAUUGCGAAAGAGGCCCAUGAAGGAAACGAAACCGGUGCCGAUGAACAGGUUAUUACUUCUUCUGUGGCUAAGACUUUACCACCGCACAACGUGACACUGAGGAGCAAGCUAAAUGGUUCAGCACGUCCACUAAUCUGGCAGAAACAAAGUAAAAGACGUCAAUGCACCAUAACUAGCCAGGGUUCUCGACGCAGGCAUGAGGUGGGCCGAGAGUUGGGUCGAGUCAUUGCCCAAUUGCUAUUAGCUUGUUUCUACCUCAUUUUUACGACUCCUGUUGCUGUUGCCACUUGCUAUCGAGCCAGCUUGACAAAUGACAAUAGCAACCAGUGUCAGCAUGAAUUCAUGGGUCACCUAACACGACUGUUAACUUCCGUAAAGGAUAUUAAUUAUGCCGUUAAUGGCUACCUGUAUUCAAUCUUCUUUCAAUUUUAUCGUGACCAAAUGGUUAGUAUUUUGACAUGUGGUCGCGUUAAUUUAAGCCAGCGCAGACAAGAUAACUGGUCAACAACUAUGGAAUUGAAAAGCUCCGCGCUAUCAUGUGCACUAAAAUUAGGGGAUAAAAGCUGUCGGUCGGUGACAAAUGUGGUUCAGAUAUUGGGCGAUAAACCAUCAGACCGACAUUUGAAAUUAUCUCAUACUUCAAUUGCUCGACCUCAAGAUAUGCAGGGUAUUGAAAAGCUGACUUUAGAGGAAGCGGCAUCAUCAAAGGGUAAACUUAUUGAUGAAGUAGGCCAGAAGGUGAUUACUAAACCCGGCAAAAUCCAGGGAAUCAGUAGUUCAGAAAGCAAGCUAAUGGGUCUAUCCGAACCACAUAAAACGGAAUAUGAUGUCUCCAAGGCAGAAGAAUUGCCUGAGACCUUGAAUAGCGCUGAGGGUGAUCUGUCUGCAGCAGUGUUGAAUAGCUCUCUCUUGGAAGAUUUCACUUCCACAUCUGCAGAUACCUCCUCAAACUACCCUGUAUUUUUGAUUAAAAAUGUUAUAUGUCAGAAGCCCAGUUAA